CAACUUUUAGAAUUCGAAGAUAUAGAUUUAAAAUUCAAAAUUUUCCCAGCUUUCAGGCAUUUAACGAAGAGCUAAGAAUCAAAGCUGCACGCCCCAUUUCGUUCAAAUUACAGAUUUUUGUAUUAACGAUAUCGUGGGAAGAAAAUAUAUCUCUUCUGAAGUUAUUUUAAUCCAAGAAUGUGUAAUUUAAAUCAAGUGUACGGCAGUCUGCAGAGAUACCACUAUCCAUGCUGUCGCCAGAAAAUGCAUCCUUGCUUUUGUAAAAGGGAUAAACCUUUGCUAAGUUAUGGGAGUAAAUCAAAGAUAAUGGUUGACACAGAUAAGCAGCAGAAUUCGAAGGAGUCUGAGCGAGAAGAAUGCGGGCCAUGUCCAUUGAACUGUUUAUUAAAGUGUCCACUUCCCCAGAAGACCACAAGGAAUGGCAGCAAAAAUAACUCUGAAUGCCUGAAAACUUCUUCAUUUGGAAAAGUUACUCCUCGAACAUCUAUUACAGGUAAAAAGGCGUCUAAAGCGAGCCCAAUACAAACCAGCCUGAACAAAAAAUGUUAUAUUAGUAACUCUUUGACAAGUCAAGGAAAUCAAAGAUAUAAGGGAUCGUGUAUAUGUUCUACAACUGAGGAAAAAGAACUGUUGGCUGCCAAAAACUCAAAGUGCUGUGCCAGAUCAACAAUGAUGUUAUACCCAACCAAGGUAGCACAGAAGAAUAGAACCCCUUCAGAAGCAAAUAAAAAGAACCGAACAACUCCCAAGUCAACUCCAGAAAUAGAGCAGAAUCAGAAAGCUAUUGUAAAGGUAAAGCCCAAGACAAAACGUAAAAAACCAAAAGGUAAGAAGAUGCCUACAAGAUCAACAGCAGGAGACGAUGAAGAUGAUGGCAUUUGGUUCGAGUGCAAUUUACCUUUUCGAGUUAAUAUUCCAUUUCCUAUUAGUGUGAAAAAUAUGUUCCAGUCAUAUCCCGGAAAAAGCAAUCCACAGAUAUUCAAAGCCCUUGUUCCGGCAGUAAAGUUUCAGCAGGAUAAAACCAUUGAAAUGCCUUGGCCUGCUGAAUUCUUAAUGCAUCGUUCACUUCCACCGCCAAUUCCAGAAUCUAAUCUGUCGAUAUCCAAGCCGAUAUCAUACACAAAGAAGAAGGGACUCAAACGAGGAAAGAAACCAUGUCCUUGCGAGACAUCCACUCAAACGAUUGAAGAAGAAUCGGAUCCCGUACUUUGCUGCCUUGAACAAAUCAGAAAUCAACUUGCUACCAAAUCUGCUGAUGCAGAGGACAAGAACAUUAUUCGUUGUUUUGCAGAAAAGUCUACAAAUGUGAGAAGUAUUCUAAAGCCAAAAAAUGAAACGGAUGUGCAAAUAAUAAAGACAUCUCCCUCAAUUAAAUCACUCCUAGAUGAAAAAAUCGAAACAGCAGAGCAACCGAAAUUAGUUAAUAUAUCAUCAGCAAGUUCCCAGAAAAAUUCAUCAAAAAAUACAUUACUGCAACCUCUUCCAGAGACCAUAAUAAUCAGAAAGAAGGAAAAUAACCUAUCUAAAAUGCUGUCAAAAUCGGGCCCAGAGUCAUCUAUACUAAGCAUAGUAUCCCAAAAAAAAUCUCAUGGAAAAAGUUUUGUUGGAAAAAACUCAAAAUCUGACAAACCAAUGCAGAAUGGGGACUUACAGAAAUCCAAAGAUGCCGAGAAAGAAAAAGAUUUAAUAAAUAAUCCCGCAUUAGUAUCAAUGAUGUCAGGGUCGAUAUGCCAACCUCACUUUAAGUACGGAUAUUUUAUGCCAAGAUGGCAAUAUUCUAGGCGUCACCAAUGCUAUCAAUCAUGUUGGCAAUAUUACCAUAUGCAAAAUCGAAUGUCUAAUGAUACAGCCGUUGAUAUUACAUCCAGAUCUGGAAGUUCUGUUCAAGUAACAAAAUUAAAAUCAGAAAUUGGUAGCCAAAUAGGAACCAAUUCAAGAAGUAAUCAAGAACCAAUUUCACUUCCCUGUAACGAAUAUCCUCAAUGCGACAGUGAUAAUCCAAAUACUUCCACUAUGGCAAGUAGUAACUGCGACUAUAUGGAGAGAUCCUUGAAAAGCACAAAAAGUUCUUAUAAGGCAUCAGAUAAAUCAGUUUUACCUAUUAAUCCUAGUGAUAGGAUGUAUAACCCUGAAGAAUCUCCUCGGUCAUCCAAGUCUCAAUGUUCAAAGGAAUUAUCUCAAAAAAUACAACAAAAUAUAAGCAGUAGCGAAACCAAGAAAUUAUCUAUAAAAAUAUAUCGUAAGAGUUCUGAAAAUAUAAGCUCUAGUAUUCUAAAACAUGGUUCGAAAUCAGUUAAAUCAUCUAAAGCGAACGAUCUUAUUGGUAUAAAAACAAGGAAUAAAGAAACAAGUAGAGGUCGAAUUAGAAAUAAACAAAUUGAACAACACAGUAAUCGUAUAACCUCUGGUGGGACAGUUAUUUCAAAAGGAUUAACUAAUUUUAAAAGAGGAUGUAAAAUUAAUAAAAUGUCCGAGGAAACCCAGCUUAAUUCGUCAAGAGCUUUAAAAUCAGAACAAAAUAGCUGUGAAAUUUAUGAAAGAGAACGUGAUAACAGUAAAAACUCGGAACAGUUAGUUUGUGAGAGAAACUCUGAACAGAAAAAAUUACAUGGAAACGAAAAACUGAACAUGAGUAAUAAUUCAAUUAAACAGCAUAUUAAACAGGGUAGUUCGUCAGAUUCAUUUAAAACAGACCAAGCGAUCACUGAUAUUAAUGAAAGUUCGAGUGGCAGUAGCAGCAGUAAAAAUUCAGAUAAAACCAAAUCCUUAGAAAGCUAUUCAAGCAAUGGAGAGAAUAUUUCUUAUGGCCAGAUAAGUGAAAAUGGUAAAGAUCAAUUAGAAAUAAUUUGUGCUAUUUGUGAUAUGAUUAAAAAUAGUAUUGCUGACCAAGAAACAAAAAAUGGGCCACAUCCUCAGAAUUCUCCUACAGAUCAAGUGAUAUAUUUCAAUAAGCCACGCUCACAAUCAGCCCCUAAUCAAAGGAAAAAUAUAAGCGGAAUUGAAUCAAACCUUUGUCAGCUCCCAGAAAUUCCAGAAUUUGUAUAUAGAAAACAAAAUUGCACAGAAAGUCCCAAAUGUUCCGAAAACGUACUUGUUCUACAGGACGAAACUUGCGAGAGCGAAUCAGAGGAAGGGCACUAUAACUACGUAAGCCACUACAGAAUGGAAAAGGGAGGUCAAGAUACUUCAAUGACGAGCUGUCGUGGAUGCCAAACCCCGGAUUAUAGUAUAAAUGCCGAAUGCUGUCGUGGAUGCCAAACCCCGGAUUAUAGUAUAAAUGCCGAUAUCGUAAAUCAACUAAGGGUGGAAGACGAAUACUGCAAUCCUGUUCAAAGACAAAAAUUACCCUUUACACCAAGUAAGAAUCAGCGGCCAGAUGAUUUAAAGAUUUCACAGCAGGAUCAAAUAAGACAAAAUCCACCACCGGCUGUGAUUCCGAUUCGCACGAAUGAUGGGGAUAAAUGGAGAGAGCUAAAGGCAAAAUUAACUUUACUUAUGCCCAAUCAAUUACAAAUGGCACCAAAAACAUGUCGGGUUCAUUCACAGAAUGCGUUACCAUGCCAAGAUGUUCAUGGUCAACCCGGAAUAGCACAUCAAAAAGAAUUUGUAAAUGAUAAACUUGUUUUUUCGAGUUCCCAAUUGUUAAGUACUAACAGCCGAGAUACCAAUUUAGCUCGGAAGAAUUCGAAACGUACCAAGAAUACAAAAAUGCGCAAAGUGAUUUGGAAGAUUCCAAAGGCCAAAAUGUCUCAAAGCCAAGGUAAUGAUUGUGUCAUAGUUUUCCGAAGAUCUGUUAGACCAAACACGACAUCGAAAAUCAGUGAUCGAACAUUUGAACAGAAUAAUUCUUGUAGCCAGUCUCAUGAAAAAUAUGAUCAAAAUUCUAGACAGCAUUCUUUUGUCACAAAAUUUAGUGUUGGAGAAGGGAAAAAGAAUCCUCGGUAUGUAAAACAAUCCAAUUAUCCAGGAUCUAAUACAUCACUGGAAAGUAAUGGUAGAUCUAAGUUCCAAGGAAAACCAUCUUACAUGGUACAUCAAGGGUUUCAAAAAGUUCAAAAGGCUUCAGGAUUUCAACCUCAAGGCAAACCAGAUACAUAUCAUGGAGAAAGAAGUAAAAAUCCCAGAAACGAAGAGUCCCAUACUAUGUAUGGCCAAUUCGAUUUUAGAUAUAAUCCAAACAACAAAGAUAGUCAUCUGAAAUGGAAAAGAGUUCGAAGUCCGGCUAUUUCUCAGGCAGGUGGUUAUACCCCAACCCAACCAAAUGAAUUCCAAAACGUAGUUCCCUUGGGUGAUUCUAGUGCUAAAAAAACUAUUGCACGCUCAAAUGAAACGAUGAGAUCAACAGACGUGGAAACACUGGAAACGGUGACCCUAAUGCAACCUCGAAAGCUCAGCAAUACUGAAAGUGCCAGGAUCAACGACAACGAUUUGGGAAUCGGGAAAACCUUUCUUAUGGCAACAAGAACACCCUGUAACAGGGAAAACCUGCUCCAAGCCUGCGGAAGACCUCCCUGUACCUUCUGUCCCCAUCAAUAUACAGGGAUUCCCCCAGGUUUGCAGCAAGGAUUUAUGGUAUCACAGCCCCCAUAUCACCCGAAAAACUUUAUAGAUCCACGGGAUCAAUGGACAACAUCUUCAGCUUCCUCACAAGUUAUGCAAGCCCCGCUUCAGCAGCCUCCAAUUCAAAUGAUGGAUCCUCAUCAGACAACAAAUUGUCUACAUCGCCAGUUUCAGGAGCCUGUUUACCCUUUUAAUCCUCACAAUUCUUUCUACUGCCCUCAAUCAUUGAAAGAGAAUAUAAAUAUGCUUCCGGAGGGAUUCUAUGAUCAGACCGUUAACAAGUACAAAAUAACUCGCAUGGAUUCGAACUUCCAACCGCCAUCCAUGAGGUCGGAAUAUCUUUACGCAUUGCAGGCGCAACAGCAAUCUUUUCUCAGACAUCCAGGAUCCCCACUUAGCAAUCAACUUCCACAGCAGCUGGUAAUGGGGUCUGUUCCAGACCCAAAUCGUUCUUUAAUUCAAGACCAGCUACAAAAUCAGCAUACCAUGUUCUACCCACAGCAAAAUGUAAAAUUGGAUGACAAUCAUCAAUCGGAAUACCAUAUUUAAUCACAAAAUUAAAAUAAACGAAUACUUUUUGAAA